AAGUUUGGCUUGUGUGAUGGCGGCGCGCGGCCGGUACCCGAGAUGCUCGCCUGCGGCCGGGGGUGAGCGAUGACCAGGCUACUGGAGGUGGCGCACAGAGUCGUUUUGGCCGCCGUGCGCUGCAGCGGCCGCGGCUGCCACGGGCUCGCCAUGUUCUAUGCCGUGAGGAGAGGCCGCAAGGCCGGGGUCUUCCUGAGCUGGAACGAAUGCAGAGCACAGGUGGACAGGUUUCCUGCGGCCAGAUUUAAGAAAUUCGCCACAGAAGAGGAAGCCUGGGCCUUUGUCAGAGACUCUGCGAGCCCGGAUGGCUCAGAAGGGCAGAAUAAACACGUUCAGGAAUCUCAAGUGAAAGCAGACAAGCGACUCCGUGAGCCCUGGGAUGAAGGUGAAGGUGAAAACACAGAGCCAUGUGCAAAGCACGUGAAACAGGAUGUGGAGCCGCUGCCUUCAGGUCACAGAGACACGUUUUCUUAUAUGGGGGACUAUGUUGUCGUCUACACUGACGGUUGCUGCUCUAGCAAUGGGCGGAGGAGGGCUCGAGCAGGGAUCGGUGUUUACUGGGGGCCAGGCCAUCCUUUAAAUGUAGGAAUUAGACUUCCUGGGCGACAAACAAAUCAAAGAGCCGAAAUUCAUGCAGCCUGCAAAGCCAUCCAGCAGGCAAAGGCUCAGAGCAUCAGCAAGCUGGUCCUCUACACGGACAGCAUGUUCACCAUCAAUGGAAUCACCAGCUGGGUUCCAGGCUGGAAGAGGAACGGGUGGAGGACGAGCACCGGGAAGGAGGUGAUCAACAAGGAGGACUUCGUGGAGCUGGACAGACUGGCCCAGGACAUGGACAUUCGCUGGCCAUGUGAGCCUGGAAGAGGCCCCCUGCACAGAGAGCAUGCAGCUCCAGUGACACCGCGACUGCAGCCUUGGGAGACCCUGGGCAGAGGCGGUCAGACUCCCCACCAAGUGCAGGUAUGAGGAGCAGCCCGAGAGAAACAGAGAACAGAGAGGGCUCUCGGCACCCGCUCUAGGUCGUCGGCCACUGCGGUCGAAUGAAAGGAGGACGAGGCUCCCUGUGCUUUGGACAAACCAGCCCCUGAGACAAUGGCUAGAUGUCCGUCUCAGGAAGGA